AUGUUUCCUAAGCUGCGUUUUCAACUCUGGAUUUUGUCCAAGUGUAGCCGCACCGAGGACCGCCCACCGUCUGCAGAAGCGGACAUCCCGUGCUUUGAGCGCCAGGCGACCAACCUCUCCGCAAGCACCUGCGCGACAAAGACGGACCGCCCAGACGGGUGGCUGAGCCUUUGGGGACUCGAUCGGGUUGCCAACUUCCGAGACCUGGCCGGGCCCGAUGCUUCUACGCCUUAUCGUUGCAAGGGUGGCCGAAUUGCCCGCGGCAAAGUCUACCGCACUGGCCAUUGGGUCACCGCCACUCCGACAGAUUUGUCACUGAUCCGUGACACCCUGGGUAUUUGCACUUACCUGGAUCUACGCAAUGGCCAGGAUUUCGAAAGCGUCGACGCGGAGUGCUUCGACGACUAUCCACCAAGCCCCAAUGGGCGUCAUGAUGCCAGUGUUCCGCGAGAUCCGGGAGAGCGGCGUCGACUGAGCUGCCCAUUCUCCAAGGGCCUGGGUGCCCGACCUCUGACGCAAGACGAGACGGACGGGAAGCUAGACCCGUCCGACAAAAAGGCGCACUGCGCCGUGUGGUUCCAGCAGCAGAUGCGGAGUGAAGCCUUCCACGAUCUGCAGGUUCAACUAAAGACAAGCAUGCGUGCGAUGCUCAUCCUGAACUCGGACGAGGUGCUCACAGCGCUGAGAGCCCUCGUCGAUGAGCGAAACUACCCGGUGGCCUUCGGCUGUAUCGCGGGCAAGGAUCGCACAGGCCUCCUGGCCUGCUUGGUGCUCAGUGCCCUGGGAGUUGGAGAGGAGGACAUCAUCUCUGACUACAUGUUCACCAACGAG